AGAGGGCGUUUUCUAGCAUAAGCUCUUGUACAACAACAACAACCACCUAUCUUUCGACUGCAGCGACAGUCAAGGAUGUGUACAUAAGAGCUUUUAUUGGAUUACGCUAUUCAUGCAAUAUGGCAUUUGCAGCAGCUGAAAAUAAAAGCACUGGAAUUACCUCAAGUGACAUUAGUCUCCACACGCCACACAUAAAGAAGAAUGCAAGAGCUUCUGCGUCAUUCCCACUUAUCAAGCCAUAUCUGAGUGCUCAGCCAUCACAGUACGCUGUUAAAAUAAUCCACCAACUUGAAAAGGUCUUUUACCAGUGGUUCAAAAUACCAGCCACCAAUAAUACUGAGCAAAAAGAUGACUUAUCUCUUGAGGAGUCAGUGUACAUUAUCAGAAAACUGGCUGCUGAACUGGACCGAGUGGUACAGUCCAAGAAGUUAUCCUUGAUGGCUCGAAAGAUUAAAAAUAAAGGACGUAACGAAGAACAGGAAGAACAAAAGUAUUAUAUUUUGCAGUGGGCAAAAGAUCUUGAGAACAUACGGACAAAACAAAUGGACAAGAAAGAGACAUCCUCUGAGCAGUUGUCAAGUUAUAUGAAAUUUAACCAAGCAAAAGAAAUCGUGUCUGACUGGUUUUGGAGACUGAAAGAUUUGAAACAGAACUCAGUAUGUCCAAAGGGGGGAUGGGAAGAAACACUGAGGGAUCUUCACAAAGAGUGGAAACAGGGAGAGUCCAGCAUGCUUCCAGUAAUGGACUGGAUGGUAUGGGCUGUUCUACAGUCAGAACGCUCUGAGGAGGAUUCCGUCCCCAGACUGUGGGUGAGGAGUAAACAGAGAUCCAAAAACACAGUUGGAUUACGGAUUCCUAACCCAGUUUGGAAUUGGAUAACAAAAUCAACAGCUGAUGUAAUUCUGGACCCAAACACAGCCAACCCAGAUCUCCUGGUCUCUGAAGAUGGAAAAUAUUUGAAAGCAAAAAAAUAUGGUCAUGAAUCCUGGGAAGCGUAUCAAUGGAAACGUUCUAAAUUUGAUGGCUGGACGUGUGUCCAAGCUAAAGAGGGUUAUAACACAGGUAGACAUUACUGGGAGGUAGAUGUGAGGAAGAAACAUGAGUGGAGGGUAGGAGUUGUAAAGGAAUCUGCCCCUCGGAAUGGCUAUGUCACAAUGAACACAAAAACAGGGCACUGGAAUCUGCGUUUGCAACUGGGAACUUUAAUGGCUUUGACUGAACCAGUCACUAAAGUCAACCUGCCGACACCCUCUAGGGUCGGAGUUUAUCUGGACAUAGAAGAGGGCCAUGUCUCUUUCUAUGAUGCAGUUAAAAGAAGACAUAUCUUCUCUUUUAACACUGCCUUUAAUGAGACUGAAAACAUUUACCCAGUGUUUGGCACUGUUGAGACAGACAGAGCAUUGAUGAUUUCAUCGUAAAAUGUAUUUCCCAAUUUAGUAUAUAAAAAAUAACUCAUGGUCUUUACUUCACAUACUGUAAAUUAAUCCUAAACAUUAUGUAGGGCAGGGAUAGGCAACGUCAGUCCUGGAUUGCCGCUGUCGUGUAGAGUUUAGCUCUAACCCUAAUCAAACACACCUGAACAAGCUAAUCAAAGUUUUCAGGAUUACUAAGGCUACAGACAAGUGAGGUUUUUUUCAGGGUUGGAGCUAAACUCUGCAGGACAUUGGCACUCCAGAACCGACGUUGCCUACCCCUGAUGUAGGGUAUCAGACCGAAUAAAACAAUUUAAGAUUCAAUCAAGAACAUUGUUCGUAAAUCAGAUCCUAGCGCCAGCCAGUCUGAAGCAAGCCUAACAAACUAGCAGCUUCAAACAGCUUUCAACAUUAAACAAAAGAAAAAAUAUUGACAAUUCCAACUCAGAAAGGAGACUGUCAAAUUUGGGGCAAAUAACCAAGAUUAAUGGACAAAUGGUCAAUGGUCAAUGCACAGCUUGACUAUCACAUAUGUAAAUCCAUGAUAGAAAUCAUGAGUUAAAUACUUCCUCAGUCUGGUUUCCCCCACCCAGGACAAAGACCAGACUGAGAUUCCUUAGGAAACCUUUUAACCUCUCUGGUCUUCACAAAACAUGUCCUUAUAUUCACAGAAAGGCAUUGAAUCUUCUUGCUUGAAACGUUUCUUCCAAUCAAUACGUUGUCAAAUGUAUCAUAUUCUUGUUAUAUAAAUCAUGUCCAAAAUUAUACUCUGAAUUAUAUUAUGAAUUGGGACUUCAACGACCACUGAACUUCCAGCCAAUCAGCAACCGCGGGAAACCCCCUUUUCUGCAAUUAUGACAACAAAGGGAACCCCUUACACAGGCAAUGCAAGUGCCUCCAGAUUCUAGCUGAUCUGGUGCAUUUAAUAUAGAUUUUAACCUCUCUGAGGAACUCAGUGCGAGGGUUAAUUAAGUGAUUGGUGGUUGUUCAGGUCUAUGCAAGUGCACAUAUUGCUGUAAAUUUGGGAUUUCACAUUUUCAUUCUCUUAAACUCAUUCUUUCCUCACUUUCUCUCUUCCUGCAACUUGUGUGAAUGUGUGUGUUCAUGUGUUAAAUUAGUUUAUAUGUUUUAUCCAAUAAAGACUUAUUCAUAUUGAAAA